AUGAAGGGUUCCAUCUUCGCGGCCGCCGCCCUCGUCGGCUCCGCCAUGGCCGACGCUGGCAUGCACCGUCGCCAUGAGGCGAUCCACAACCGCCGUCACGCCUCCAGCAGCGUUGCGGUGUCUCCUUCUUCCUUGAUCCCCGGUCCCGAGGAGACCUGCGGCUGCAGCACCAAGGUCGUCACCGUCUGGGGUUCGCCCACCUUGGUGCCCGAGCCCACUGCCGAGUCCACCACCACCAGCACCAGCACGCUGCACUCAACCAGCACGGCGACGCAGACCGUGACUGUGACCCCCUCGGUCGAGCCGGUCCAGAAGUCGACCUCUGCGACCCCCGUGGCCACUCUGCCCACCCCCGGUGUCACCAGCUUCUCUUCCACCGGUGUCUACACCAUCCCAGCCACCACCCUCACCGUGACCGACACCACCACCGUGUGCGGUGCCACCACCACCGAGGUGCCCAGCGGUACUCACACCAUCGGGGGUGUCACCACCAUCGUGGAGACCAGCACCGUCAUCACCUGCCCCUAUGCUACCGUCAAGCCCAGCGGCACCACCGUGACCAGCGUUGUGGAGAUGACCACCUACACUUGCCCCGCCGCCGGUACCUACACCGUCGUCCCCGGCACUGUCACCUCGGUGCCCACCAGCACCGUCCUGGUCUACCCUACCCCCCAGACCAUCACCCCCGGCACCUACACCCAGCCCGCCAGCGUGGUGACGGUCACCCGCACUGACUACACCUACGUCUGCCCCUUCGCCACCGGUCUCGCCAGCACUACUGCUCCCGCCGCGACUGUCCCCGUUGUCGCAGCCACCACCACUGCCGUCUCCGUCCCCGUCCCCGCGGUCAGCUCCGCUCCUUCCGUUGUCAGCUCUUCUCCCUCGGUCGCCAGCUCUUCUCCCGCCCCCGCCAGCACGGGGUCCAGCAGCAGCUCCGGCGUCACCGGUGCGGGUCAGUACGGUAUGACCUUCUCCCCGUACACCAGCAGCGGUGGCUGCAUGCCCCAGGCCGAUAUCUUCAACAACCUCAAGGUCAUCCAGAGCAAGGGUUUCAACCUCGUCCGCGUCUACUCCACCGACUGCAAUGGUCUUGAGUACAUUGGCUCUGCCUGCAAGGAGCUCGGUCUCAAGAUGAUGAUGGGUGUCUUCAUCGGCAGCGGCGGUAUCUCCGCUGCCCAGGAGCAGGUCGACGCCAUUGCCAAGUGGGCCCAGUGGGAGAUGGUCGAGCUCAUCGUUGUGGGUAACGAGGCUAUCUCGUCCGGUGCCUGCUCUGCCUCGGACCUCGCCAGCUUCGUUUCUUCCAGCAAGGGUACCUUCCAGGCCGCCGGUUACUCUGGCCGGGUCACCACCACCGAGCCCAUCAACAUCUGGCAGCAGUAUGGCAAGUCCACCCUCUGCAGUGUUGUUGACAUUGUCGGUGCCAACAUCCACCCCUUCUUCAACGCCGAUGUCACGGCCGAGAAGGCCGGUGAGUUCGCCCUCGCCGAGCUGAAGGAGCUCGAGGCCAUCUGUGGCAAGGAUGUCAUCAACUGCGAGACCGGCUGGCCCAACGCCGGUGACGCCAACGGUGCCGCUGUUCCCGGCACUGCCCAGCAGGAGGCUGCCAUCAAGUCCAUUGUCUCCGCCAUUGGCUCCAAGUCCGUCUUCUUCUCCUAUGCCGAUGACGCCUGGAAGCAGCCCGGUGCUUUCAACGUUGAGCAGCACUGGGGCUGUGCCUCCGUCUUCUAA